AUGUUUCGGUUUGCCUCUCUCUUGUUGCUGCUGAGCAGCCCUGCGGCUGUUGUGGCGUUUGCCCCCGUCAGUGGUGGCCAGGCCAAGUUUCCCACGGAUUUGUCCAUGGGCAACACCAAGCAACCACCCAAGUUGCCACCUAUCCGUGAUAUUUCCUACGGAGAAGCGUCCCGAAAAUACCGUCGUACCGUGUAUACCCAUGACGAUUGGGUGAACCAUCGAUCUCCCGACCGAUUCUGGCGUAACCUGAACGCCAUUUUCAUCUCUGGCGUCUACAAGAACUUGUACAAGGAAGUGGGAGCCACUACUGCCGUCGCUACCUUUGUGGUGCUCUGGAAUGCCUUGACGAAUGGAUACGAUACUCUGAGUGGAGAACACAUGAAUGCAAUUCUCAGUCUGCCAAUGCUGUCUUUGCCUUUGGCACCCUAUACCUUGUCCAGUCCUUCUUUGGGUCUGCUUUUGGUCUUCAGGACCAACACAAGUUACCAGAGGUGGGACGAAGCACGUAAAAACUGGGGAAUGAACAUCAACCACACUCGUGAUUUGGUCCGUAUGGCAACAUCCUUCUAUGAUCGCACCGGGAAAUCUCAGGAGCAAGUAGAGAAGGACUUGAAAGCUGUCAGUUUGGCCACUUGGUCGUUUGUCCGUGCCAUGAAACGUCACCUUUCUCCUCCUGCAGAGGAUGAAGAAGACUUUAAACGAGAAUUGUAUGAACGCCUCCCAGCGGCGCAAGCACAGGCCAUCAUUGAUGCUGUCCACCGUCCCAACCGCGCUCUCUACGACUUGUCAUUGGCCAUUGAAAACUUGCCCAUGCACUUUUUGAGAAAGAACCAAGUCCAAUCGGCAGUAACCAUCUUUGAAGAUAACUUGGGAUCCAGUGAACGGUUGCUGUCCUCUCCCGUGCCAUUGUUUUAUUCCAGGCAUACCGCUCGUUUCUUGUCUCUUUGGUUGUUGCUCUUGCCUAUUGGCUUGUACGAACCCUUCAAGGAUUCCUGGAAUCACGUUGCCAUGAUCCCGGCCACGGCCGCCAUUUCAGUCUUUUUGUUUGGUAUCGAAGAAUUGGCCACACAAAUGGAAGAACCCUUUACCAUUCUUCCCAUGCAAGCCUUUUGUGACAAGAUUGGAAACUGGUGUAACGAGAUUGUCUCCUGGACACCCGGUGACAAUGGAAUGCCCGUCAACGAGUCCACACCAAAACACAACAAUAUUGCCAUUGUAGAUGGAGUUGCCGUUCCUGCCGAUGACAAGUCCGUCGUGAUGCAAAUGACGGCACCUGCCAAUGGACACGGUGUCAAUGGAGCAGAUGAAAAGUUCAGCGAACCCGUCAGCAACAAUCCCAGCCGACUUCGCAAGCUGAUUGGAGGACUCAACAUUUAA